CUGAUAAUACUAAAUAUAUAAUUGAUGGAAAGACAAUUACUAUACCAGAUGCUGAUCCCAAUGGAUCCGGAGUUUUCCAGUGUUACAUAUCCAAUGCUUAUGGAAUAUACAUAGACCAGGCUACCUACAAGGUUACUUAUGUUGUACCAGAUGUGACAAAAGAUCCAACUGAUGUCCGUGUGGUAGAAGGAAUGGAUGCUAGCUUCAUUUGCGAGUUCGUUGGUAAACCAAAUCCAGCAGUCACGUGGAAAUAUAAAACAAACACGGUAUGUGACUAAACAAAUUUAAUAUAG